AUGUCCACUUCCACCUCAGCACCUCGAGCUCCCGCUCAACAAAAAAUGGAAUUUCAAUUCGUAAACAGCACACCCCUCAACCCCUCCAUGCCACAAGAUCUUGCCGUUCGUGCUCUCAUUCGUAAACAAGCGAUGAAAAAGGCCAGUGCCGCCCGUCGUCGAGAUGGAAAUUAUGGGAAACAUAAUUUGAGACAAUAUCCGGUUUUUGUACUGGACGAGAACAUUAUCUGCUCGGAGGAGACGGGGGUUAGAGUUAUUGGGAACGUACUGAACGGGGAGAAGAAAAUCGAGAAUGGAGAGAAGAAGGGAGAGAGAGUUAAUGGAGAGGGGAGCUAUACGGCAAAUACACAUCGACAACUGGAAUACCAUCCUUCUACUUGGACAAAUGGACCAGGAGCCAGUAAGAGUUCCACAAUGAAUCCGAAGAAUAAGCUCAAAACACCAUAUUCAAUUGCUGAAGAGAAGAAAGAACGAAGUCUUAGUCUGACGGAUCGCGAGAAACAACGCUGGCAUAUGAAAAUGGGUUCACUUCCCUCCAAUUCAGCCAUCCCCGCUUCAAUCUUCUCUCCCACAUCUUACGAGGUCAUGCUCUCGAAAUUUGGCUUUGAUAUCCUGGAACUAUCGACUUUGGCUACCUUGCAUGUGGGUAGAGCGACAAGAAGAGCACUGUGUCAGAGUCCGGAGAGUAUUGUGCAUCAGAUGAGAACUCAGAAACAGUGGAGUUUUUUAAGUUUUCUACCUAGUAUGUUCCUCAUUGAUAAUAUCCCGCUAUCCCGUAUCAUCCUCUCCAAAGUCACAGAAUUAGCUAACCCAUCCUCAGCUCGCUAUGGCCAAAAUAAAUGCCUCUCCGCCGCCGUAGAUUGCGUCGUCGCUCGCGCCCGCCAAAUAAUCUCCCCAGCCCAACACAACAACUUUUGGGAACCGCUCGUGCUAGCCAACUACAUCACGGCUCUCGAUUCCCUACAACGUGCACUCGAUUCCCCCACCACGCGCUAUCAUCCCGAGGUUCUCUGUGCGACCGAAAUACUCGCUCUUUACGAACUCCUGGAACCCUCGGGCGAAACUGCUUGGAUUCGUCACUCCGCCGGUGCCGCCCGUCUCAUCUUGUUGCGGACGCCGGAAUCCUAUACGACGGAUUUUGAACGCGCGUUGUUUAUGGGUCAUACGGGUCCGAUUAUGACGGAGGCGUUGUUAAAUGGGGAACGAUGUUUUUUGGAACAGAGUGCGUGGCAGGAUUUGUUGACGUCGGUUAUUUGCAAGGAGGAAUAUUAUACGGUGAGUGAUCGUAGCGAGAUUGUGGUAAGGUUAAUUAUGGCGAAGAGUCAUAUCCCCGGCUUGUUUUGGGAUUUGACGCAGAUUCUUUGUAAAGAGGUAGAACCGUCUCGGGAAUACGUGACACGCAUUCAAAACUGGUGUGGGGAACUACGGAUGAGGUUUUUGGAUUGGAAGACCAGGUAUGAAGUAUUGAUUCGGGAAGCUGGGCCGGUGAGAGAGGGGACAAUGGAAUUUGAUCGUAGGGCGAAAGCUUACGCGACGUUUUUGAGCUGCAUCAUGUUUGUGAAUCGACUGCGGGGUUGUGUGAGUCCAGCGGAGAGAGUGGGGUUGGAGAGGGAAACGCAGGGAUUGGCGGAAGAGAUGUUGGAGUUGGAUGAGAAGGUUAAGGGCGCGAGUAAGGCGGCGGAUUUAUUUAUGCGGCAGACGGCUGGGGUUGCAUUGGCGAUUCGGGCGAGUAGAAGGGAUUUUGAAGAGGGUGUUGGAAGGAGGGUACCUGGGGGUUUGAGAAAUGGGUUUGUGGAGAAAGAGGUGUUUGAGAGAUGGUGUGGGAGUUUUGGGAGGAAGAUUGUGGUUGCUUAG